CGAACUAUGAUUGCGAAUUUUACUUACAAAUACGAGUACGGUUUAUCGGUUCGCUGGCAUUCUCUUUGUUUAUUGUUGUUUCCGGGUUUAUUACUCGAGUUUCGAGUCUCGGCGCUAACAAGCGGCUCUUGAAAAUAUUUUCCAUUAUGCAGGACCCGCGGCCGGAUCCGAAUUAACUUUCAUACUAUUCACACUGAAGCGAGAUGAUUGUAUUGCUUCUGACAUGGCUACUGAAUUCUUUACACCACGUCGCGCCGUAUCGAUACCGCCCCGAAAACGCACUGACGCGCUCCUUCUACGGAGCGAAUAAUGGCCCAAUCAAGUACUUCGCUGAUAUCAAUGAGAUUCCCUUCCACGUCUUAAUAGUGUAUAGCAACCUCUACUGCUCUGGUACCCUGGUGAGGAGUAAGAUUGUGAUGACGGUCGCCAGCUGUCUCAAUCUUGAUAAAUUCAAGAAGCUAGUCGUCAAGCUCGGUGUUGAGAGUAUCACUGGACACGGACAAGUAAUACCAGUUAUCGACAUUAAGAUCCACGAGUAUUACAAAUACAUGGGGCGGAUAGACAACGACAUCGCCUUGCUAAUGUUGCAGGAACACGUGUUUUUUAGCCCAAUUGUGAAAAAGGCAGUACUUGUGGAGCCUGAAAUGGUUCUACGACAUGGUUUCAUCAUAGAAGUGUCAGGGUGGGGCAGCACUAACUUGCCCCAGACGUACGUUAACCAGUUGCUAUUGACAGAAAUGGUUAUAAUAGAAAAACAAGAAUGCGCUCAGUACUACAAACACCUUUUAACGCCAUCCAAUUUCUGUGCCAAAUAUCCUCCGGAACGUCGUCUGAGCGACAAUGGCGGUCCAGCCGUGUACGACAAACAGAUGGAUAACACUGAACACGAAGAGGUUUUUAGAAAAAUAUUGCGUACCGACGGAGGAUCCCUAUGAAUAUUAUGUUGUAUCUGAUACGAAUAAUUCAUAAAAUAACUUUAAACUAUAUUAAAAUUGAAAAAAUAAA